GUUUGGCACGCUCAUGCCUAGACUCACAAAGCAGCACCAGCAACCUGACUACCUAGCUGAGCUGGACGAGAUCGCAGAGCUUUCAGACAUGAAGGAUGAGAUACUGUCCCGUGUAUCAUCUGCCAUAACACAGAGUAUGGAGUUCUGCCAAUCCUAUGAGAACUAUGCCUACCUUUGGGUGGAUGAUCGCAAUGAAUUCCUACGACAGUUUCUAAUUUAUGGACACGUUCUCACACCGGAAGAGGUAGAGGAGGCUGGUGAUGUUGGUGUACCAGAGACUCCUCCCAGUCUGAACCAGUUCAACGAGCAGGUGGAUAGCUACGAGAAGAUCCACUCAGAGGUGGAACAGUUUCAGGGCACCACCGUGUUCAAUUUGUGGUUCAGAAUUGACUCGAGGCCAUUCAAGCAAGGUCUGCUCAACAUUGUCAAGAGAUGGUCGUACAUGUUCAAACAGCACCUCAUUGACCAUGUUACAUCAAGUUUGAAUGACCUUGAGUUAUUCAUUAAGACAACUGUGACUGGUCUGGGACUAGAGGUCGAGGAGGGGGACUAUGAUGGACUAGUUGAUAUGAUGAGUCACCUGAUGGCAGUGAAGGACAAGCAAACAAUUGCUGACAACAUGUUUGAACCUCUCAAAGCCACCAUCGAGCUGCUCAAGACGUACGAGCAGGAGCUGAGUGAUGAUGUCCAUCUUCAAGUACAGGAGCUUCCAGAGCAGUGGAACAAUGUGAAGAAGCAGGCUGUGUUAAUGAAGCAAGCAGUGGCUCCUCUACAGGCCACAGAGGUUGGCAUUAUUCGGAGGAAGCUCGCUUCCUUCGACGUGAAACAGCAUGAGUUCAGAGAGAAAUUCAGACAGACUUCUCCCUUUGAGUUUGAUGCUAAGCUGGAUAAUGUCUACAGCAGGAUUGAUAAAUCUAGUGGGGUUUAA